UAGACUAAAGUAGUUUCACUUCGCGCGAACUCAACUUUUGGUGGACGGUCCCUUGGCCCUCGGGGAUCCGGGGAGGCAGAGCGCAGCCGCUCAGUCCGACUCGGCCACUGCGACAGCAUCACUGACGGCGUGAGUGACGGCGCUGCGGGGGCCGACGCUGGAAGCCCUCGUCGCGUGAGCUGGACGCGUCCUACGGCCGCCGGGGGCGACGCGCGGGCCCGUGAUGCUCCAGCCUCCGCCGGACGCGAACCGCGAGGCGACGCGCCGCCGCUAGAGCUGACAGCGGAGGGGCUGCCGGUAAAUGAGAGGCCGCCACCAUGCCCCCAGGGAAGUAUGGGAUGCCGGGGGAGUGGGAGAAGGAGGGGGACCACGAGAUCAUGAUGGACUUCCUGCUGCCUACUGGGAUCUUCCUCACGUUCCCCGUGUCUCGAAACGACACCAUCAAAACCAUCAAAAAAAUGGUUUGGAAAAACGCCAGAGGCGAGGCCCUGUUCGCGGCGCUGGGCGACCCCGACGCGUACGUCUUCACCUGCAUCAACCAGACGGCCGAGCGGGAGGAGCUGGAGGAGGAGUCGCGGCGGAUCAGCGACGUGCGGCCCUUCAUGUUCGUGCUGAGGCUGGUGGCGCGGGAGGGCGACCGGGUGGAGAAGCUCACCAAUGCCCAAAUCAGCCUGCUGAUCGGCAAAGGUUUGCACGAGUUCGAGGCCCAGAAGAACCACGAGGUGAACGAGUUUCGGACCAAGAUGCGCACGUUCUGCGAGGUGAAGGCCCAGGAGCGGCAGGCGUUGCCGUGGCAGCAGUGGAUGGAGUACAGGUUCCCGUGCGACCUGGAGCCGUGCUGCUCCCCGCAGCAGUGUGGGAAGUCGAAGGGCACCAAAAAGAUUUUGGUGAACGUCAAGUUUGAAGCCAGCGAUGAGAGCUUCAUGCUGCAGCAGGAUCCCCAGGACCUCCCGGUGGCUCUGGUGAAGAGCGCCCUGAAGAAGAAGGCCACCGUGUUCCGCUCCGUGCGGCAGGAGCCCGAGGACUACACCCUGCAGGUCAACGGGAGGUGGGAGUUCAUCUACGGGAAGCACCCCCUGUGCCAGUUCAAGUACAUUUUCGCCUGUUUGAGAAAUGGCCAGAACCCUCAUCUAGUCAUGGUGCAUCACUCCACCAUCAGAAAACACCAGGAGGAGCAGGGCAGGAUGUGCAACCAGGCCUACAAGAGCUGCUCCCUGUCCCGGCCUCCUCCCCUGCCCCUGAAGAAGCAGAACACCUCCUCUCUGUGGUCCAUCAAUGAGCCUUUCUGCAUUCACUUAAUGCAGGGCAGCCGAGUCAACGCAGACGAAGGAAUGAAGCUCGUCGUGCAGGCCGGCCUGUUCCACGGCAGCGAGCUGCUCUGCAAGGUGGUGACGAGCUCCGAGGUGACGGUGUGCUGCGAGCCGCUCUGGGACCAGAAGCUGGAGUUCGACAUCAACGUGGCCGACCUGCCGCGCAUGAGCCGCCUGUGCUUCGCGCUCUACGCCGUCAUCGAGAAGGCCAAGAAGCCCCGCGGCACCAAGAAGAAGAACAAGAAGGCGGACUGUCCUAUUGCCUGGGUCAACACCAUGGUGUUUGACUACAAGGACCAGCUGAAGACUGGGGAGGUUCUUUUGUCCACGUGGCCGUCUGUUCCCGAUGACAAAAGCGACCUGUUGAACCCGAUGGGAACCGUCGAGAGGAACCCCAACGUGGAUAGCGCUGCAGGGCUUCUCAUCCGCUUCGCCCACGUCCGCCCUUAUCCUCUGUAUUACCCUCCCCUCGAUAAGAUGAGUGACACAGAGAGGAACGGGGACGCAUCAUUUGCGACAAAUGAAGAGUACUCGAAACUGAAAGAAAUCAUGGACAACAAAAACUACACUGAGUUUUUUGAGGAUGAGAAGGAGCUGCUGUGGAAGCUACGCUGUGAGGUGCGCAGCCGUUAUCCUGAAAGUCUGUCAAAGCUGCUCCUCAUCACCAAGUGGAAUAAGCGCGAGGACGUUGUUCAGAUGGUGAGUUUGCUGAGGAACUGGCCGGUUCUCCCUGCAAUCCAUGCCUUGGAGCUGUUGGACUAUAGUUUUCCUGACCCAGCUGUUCGCUCCUUCACUAUCAGAUGCCUCAGAAACCUGAGUGAUGACGAACUGCUGCAGUACCUCAUCCAGCUGGUCCAGGUUCUAAAGUACGAGUCCUACCUGGACUGUGACCUCACCAUGUUCCUGCUAGAGAGGGCCUUGUCCAACAGAAAGAUAGGACACUUCCUGUUUUGGCAUCUCAGGUCAGAGAUUCAUGUUGCGUCGGUGAGUUUGCGUUUUGGUCUCAUCCUGGAGGCCUACUGCCGGGGAAACAUUCACCACAUCAAGUUCUUGACCAAACAGAACGAGGCUCUGGGCAAAAUGAAGAGCCUGAGUGACUUUGUGAAAUCCGGUUCCCAGAAGAUGACGGUGGAGGACCUGAAGCUGUGCAUCAAACAGGAAUCGUACCUGGAGGCUCUGUCAGACCUACUGUCACCACUCAACCCCAGCAUCGUGCUCUCUGAGAUCUGCGCAGAUAAGUGCAGAUUUAUGGACUCCAAGAUGAAGCCACUGUGGCUGAUGUAUAGAAACCCUGGGAGUCAAGGCAACAUGGUGGGAAUCAUCUUCAAGAAUGGAGAUGAUCUACGACAAGACAUGCUGACUCUCCAGAUGAUCCAGCUAAUGGAGAAUUUAUGGAAGAGGGAGGGCCUUGACCUCAGGAUGAGCCCGUACGGCUGCUUGUCCACUGGGAACAAGACGGGGCUCAUUGAGGUGGUGAAGAACUCCGACACCAUCGCCAACAUCCAACGCAACAACAGCAACAGUGCCGCCACGGCUGCCUUCAACAAAGACGCCCUGCUCAACUGGCUCAAAUCUAAAAAUCCUGGGGACAAACUCGAUCAGGCGAUUGAAGAGUUCACGCUGUCCUGUGCUGGCUACUGUGUAGCUACCUACGUCUUAGGCAUUGGAGAUCGUCACAACGACAAUAUCAUGAUCAGGGAAACUGGACAGCUGUUCCACAUUGACUUUGGCCAUUUCCUGGGCAACUUCAAGCGGAAACUUGGGAUCAAUAGGGAGCGUGUGCCUUUCAUCCUGACUUAUGACUUUGUCCAUGUGAUCCAACAAGGAAGAACAAACAACAGUGAGAAGUUUGAGAGGUUUAGGGAGUACUGUGAGCUCGCCUACAAGAUUCUAUGUCGAAACGGGACGCUGUUUGUCAACCUUUUUGCAAUGAUGAAGGCAGCAGGACUACCGGAGCUCACCUCUUUCAAAGACAUCCAGUACCUAAAGGACUCUUUAUCUCUGGGCAAAUCAGAGGAAGAGGCACUGAAGAAUUUCAAAGUAAAGUUCAACGAAGCUCUGAGAGAGAGCUGGAAGACCAAGGUUAACUGGAUGAUGCACUCUUUGGCCAAAGAUAAUCGACCGUGAAGAGCACUGAGCCAAUGGAGCCCGAGCACCCAAAAACAUUAUGGAUUUGUGGAGCUAGAAACUGAAGCUAACAUCUUACUUUAUUCAUGGAAGUUAAAGACACUGAAAAUGUUUACAUGUGACGAGUCUGCCACCUGUAAGUCACAAGAAUGAACAAAGCACCGAGAGAACAGCUUCUCAUCAUUUCAGCAACUGGUCUGUGGAAUAUCUUUGCCUUCACUAUCAAUACACCAGAUUGAAAUUGAAUUAAAAUAGGUACUGGAAAACCACCUGCACGUGUGAAGAUGUCAAACAAGCAUCAUGACAACAGCGGAGACUGAAAGUUCAACCUCUACAGAGCUCCGACUGCAAACAAACUUUAUGAUGAUUUAGGCAAGUACAGGCCGUUCAGUCCCGAAAUACAUAACAAUACCAGGCCAGCAGUUUCAUGGUUGUGUCAUUUCCUCUUCUAACUGCCUCUGUGCAAUUGUGUGUUGUUUUUUAACUUUAUUUUAAUGUAUUUUAUUUAAUUUGGGAAUUCUAAAGUACGUGUACGAUGUCAUGGAGACUAUUUUUUGAAGCUGUGGAUGUGUAAUACUGCCUUGUGGUACAGUAUGUUGCCUUUGGGAUGCAAGUAAAUGCAUAACAUUUAAGUUAUUAUAAGAUUUAAGAAAAAAUCUUAGGAACACUUACUUGACAUUUUACCACUGAUAGUUUUGAGCGAUAAAAGAGAAUUGAUCAGCCAGUGACCCACCCAUCAGUUAGCUUAGCUCAACACAGACUGUAAACAGGUGCACAGUUCUCAUGGUUCUGUCUGACGGGAGGAUGUAGGCAGAGAAAGGUUGUUUUCAGCGUUAAUGCUAAAGCAACUAUUUCCCGGCUCCAGCUUUACAUUUGCCAUUUAGAUAUGUUUGCCUUUUAAAUAAUAGCUCUGUUUUUGAAACAGCCGUUAUUAGCAACUGGGAAAAGCAAUGACGUCAUUGACGUUUGAUGACAGGAGCAAAUAAUUCAACACAAGCUGUGGACUCAUAUACUGUAAGUCGUAAAUAUGUGACUACAUCAAGACCACUAUAAUGAUGCUGUGUGUGUGUGUGUGUGUGUGUGUGUGUGUGUGUGUGUGUGUGUGUGUGUGUGUGUGUGUGUGUGUGUGUGUGUGUGUGUGUGUGUGUGUGUGUGCUGUGCGUUCCACUGGGUUCUAACUGAUGUGCCAGGUGCCGUGAAAGAGAUUCUAUGCUUGUGCCGUCUAUAUUUACAUAAUGUAUCUAAUGCUGUGCAAAAUGGCAUUUUGUUGCUUUAUAAUAAUAUAAUGAGGCCGUGUGUGGGGGAUGAUUACAUUUAAUGGUGUGUUCCAAUUAUUUCACAUGCUGUGAGUCAUGCAAGGACCACCUGAAUGAGCUCGGACUAUGUGCUUUUCAUAGCCUUUUUAUUUUGAAAAACAGUUAAAAUGGUGUCAACCUUAUUGUAAGUCUCUGUUCAAUGAAGACUUUUACAAAAGAGCAAGUGUAGCUGUAGAUUUCGCAGCAUAAAUACCUUAAAAAACUACUGGAAAAGACUUCAAACAUGGUUUGUCAGAGUUUCUAACUAUGUACAACACUGCUGUUUUAAGCCUGGAUACAGCUGUUCUAGCAAAAUAAAAUGCUGUUGCCUUUGUUGAAAUUGAAUUGAUGAACUGUGUCAAAUGGUACAUAUUUCUAAAGCUCAGGCCUGUUUUACGAGUGUGCAGCUAUUCUCUCAGCUCGGGUAGAGCUGUCCUUUACCGGCAUUGCUUUUUUUUGUUUCACCUUUUUUUGGGAGGGAGACAUAUAUUCAAUAAAGUUUGCUACAGCAGAUCACA